UAGAAGAACCGUGUAACUUCUGCCAUGAAAGUUUCCAGUAGGGUAGAGGGUUGUAAAAAUAUGUGAACCGUGUGUUGUUUUCAUCUGGUGAGGUUGUAUGGACGAUAUACCAGCCUCAUUCAGAUCGAAGCCACGUCUAAUGGCCGAUAUUUACUGUUGUUAAAAGUCACACCUAUACAUAGAAAGUCGGGCGGACCCGGUGGGGGUCGGCACUAUCAUCAACAUUCUUACAGUUGGCUCAGAAAACAAACCCGGAACUGAGGUCUCUCUGUUGAUGAAGCUGGGAUUCACUAUGGAAUCGCCAGCGGACGAUUUAGAGAAUAGCAUCUUAGGGUUGUGCUUAUUAACUCGGAUCUAGUUUCUCACAGCAUCUCCGCCAAAUCCUGAUUCCACUGCGUGCAAAUCUCACAGAGCUGUUCUUGUGCUUGGUUGCCAUUACCACUACUGACUGCCAGGCUUACUAAAGGGACUGCUUGGCACCAUACGCCCGCACAAGUGUUUACAGACGUUGAGGACGUACGCUGUGUGUUGAUCAAUCCAGGAAGCCGUCGAGGAAUUCAUGUGUGCCAGUGUUUCUCAUGGAGUUACAUCUGUUAUCAAUGGUGCUAACGGAGUUAAUCCAAUCAACGGCGAACCACCAGGGACGAACGUGCAAACAAACUUAGCAGAGCAAGGUGUUAGUAAGACUAAACCUAUAGUUACCAAACCACAAAAACCUGCGGCUUCCGCAGUCACACAGUCAGCCAAAAUGGGGAACCAACAAGGAGCCGAGAGUGGAAAAAAUCAACAUGGUUCUAAGAAGAAGGAAAAGAAGGACACGUCCCAAACUUCCAAGUCCAACUCCCCGACCAGUGAAGCCACGUCACAUAAAAGUAAAUCCCCCUCAGUGAAGAAAAAGUCUUCCCCAGCGUCUCCAAGUAAAAAAGUCUUCAAGAAGAAACAACCGUUUGUUAAACAGGAUCCCAAGGAAGAUGUUUCGAAAGCAAAAGAGGCCUUGGCUGCAGAUCAGCAAUACACACAAGACGUAUUUACUGAUGCCCGAGAAACAAUGAACUGUACAGGACAAAAUGACCAGGAAAAAAGUGAGAAAGCCAUAGGGGAUUCAUCCUCGGACAACAUUUCUUUUGAAAGCGUUAGUUGUGGAACACCUUUACGAGUAGCAACUCCACGUGUUCAAAGAGCACAGGCGAAGGUAGAGACCACUCAACUCACCCCAGCUAACCCGGUUGACAGUGUAGACGAACUUGGAAAAUGCAUAGAGAGGGCAAUCAUGGAACGGUUUUCGGAUGAUCCGUCUAUUGCACUGGAAGGAGGCUCGCAGUCAGAAGUGACCUUUGGUGACGGGAAGGAUUUACCGGUGGAGCAUGAAAAUGUAUCAGAGCGCCAUGAAGAAGGGGGAAAGACUAUAGCUCCUCAAAGAAGCUGCAAAGCGUCAAAUAUUUCCAAUGCUCCAGAUUCGAGUCCAGCAACAUUAGACGUGACUAAGCCUAGGGAAAUAUCCAAACCAAUCCGCAAGAUUAAAAUCGAACCAGUGUGUGUAGAGCAAGGCGUUGGCGAAAAAAGCAAGUCAGAUGCAACAAAGGACAUUGAAAGGUAUGUCGAAAUAACAUGUAAGGAUGAAUCCAAUACCUCUGUUUCACACGAUACAAACAUUGUUACUCCUACUGCGGUGGAACGCGUUUCAAUGAAUAAAGAUAUAUCCAAAGCCUCUGUUUCAGAAGAUACAAACAUUGUUACUCCCUCCGCAGUGGAAGACGUUGCAACCGAUAAGAAUAAUUCCAGUGCCUGUGUCUCAAAAGAUACAAACAUUGUUGGUUCUUCCACGGCGGAACGCGUUGGUGCGGAAUUCGUAACAAAAAUCGCACAGUCCGAUACAAAAUAUGUGGAUAGUGAGAACUCCAUGACAAAACCUGUGUUAGACGCAACGCGUCCAUCACAGCCCACAGAAGACAUAGAGAUGUGUUCUACAAAUAAGGCCCAGUCGAAAGGAAUUUUCGAAAGAGAUGUUGAGCCGGAGAUUUAUUUAAAGGAGAUAACACCAUCACCAGUAUUAAUGGAAUCUUUAGAAGGAAAAGAAACGAAAGUUGCAGAAUCAGUGAAACAUAACAUUGACGAAGUUUCUGUGAAUUCUCCUGAAAAAGGCUCGCAAAUCCUCCGUUCUGCUGUUGAUGUGACACCAAGUGAUGUUGUCUCUGAUACAAUUACGACCACUGACUUAAACAAGCCUCAUUUGAGGGGUUCUGAGAAAAGUGACACCGAAUCUUCAGAUGUAUCACCUGUCACUGAUAUUUCAGAGGACAGUCAGACUCCUUUAUUUAUAUCAGAACCUGAUAUAAUCAGAGCUGACGGGGAUAAAAUCACUGACACUGUCCAUGGGAACUCUGAAAGCAUCGGCAAAGAAAGCGUUGUGACAGAAGCUAGAGCCGUUUCGUGUUCCGAUAAGCAAGAAGCCGUGAAGCCGCGGAGUCUUCCCGCCAGAAGAUGGCCCUCUGCAGACACCUCUUCAGCGAUAGAGCCAUCAGGCCGAUCAAUGACUCUUGCUGAGAAAAGGCAACAUAGAUUAACAGAUCCACUCGUAGAUACUUUAUUACUCCUGAUUAAACAAACUAUGGAGUCUGAUGACAUUGACAGUCAAAUUUCAGCCAAGACAACUGCAUCUAAAAUAGUCCUUUCUAAGACAGGAAAUAUUCCUGAUGUACCAAAACGUCCACAAGUACCAUCUCAAGGUAACCCAGAUGAGAAGAGGCUAUGCGUAACUGAGGAUGCGAAAGGCGGUGAAGACGCGGAUAAGACUUUAACCCCUGAAGAUAUGGUUGAAAUUGAGAGAUUGAAGCAGCAGGCAAUGGCUGUCGAAGAAUCGGAAGAAAUUGGCGGAAUGAAUGACGAUACAUUAACGCAAAAAGACCUGGCAGAAUUUGAUCGGCUUAAAAAGGAAAUGUCAAAAGAUGCCAAAGACAGCGAAAACUUCCCGUUACAUGUAGAAGAUCGCUUUGAACUGUCCUCAGGAGAGACGACAGAGGAUUCUGUCAUUGAGAAACCAGUUCAAAAAGCACCUGAUCUGGAGACAACUAAAGAAGAGAAAGUGCUAGAAUCACAGGCAAUGCCAGGGGCGACUUCCUUCUGGGAAGAAACACAGCCAGAAAAAGUCGUCAAUUCGCCAGAAAUUCGCAUCGAGCCAAAAUCAGAAAGUCCUGUGGUUCGCAAACGGUCACUAACUGAAGAGGAAAUCAGGAGAGAGAUACGCAAGUUCAUGAUCCCUGAAAUGAAAGAGUCUUUACCUAAUGGUGGAUCAAUGAAACAAAUGUUACAUGAUUUACACGACAUCACCCCAACAUCUGAGUUCUAUCCAUCCAUGGAUGACCGCGACAGCACGGAUUCUCCAGAGCCGGGAAACAGCUCUGGUGUGAGGUCCCGAACAUCCAUUACUUCCUCAGAGCUGGACAUAUCCGAGCAGCGCGAUGACAUGAGCACGGGUACAGACAGCAUGUACGCUGACGACGAAGACGACUCUUCUUCCGAAGUGCUCUUCUGUAAGACCUACACCGAGCCUGUGCGAGGCGCAGAGGUUUUGGUGAGCUGUACUGUCGUGAACAGUGCCCUGAAAGAGGGUAACAGCAGCAGUGAUGAGUUCUGGGCGGAGAACUCCGCGGCUGAGGACGCUUACCAACAGGUCGAGUUCGCCGCGGCCGCAGUUAACCACCAUUUUACCCACGCCAGGUCUCAGAUGCAGGACAUUCAGCAUCAUCUCCAAGCUCUGAAGUACCAGAUGCGAGACAUGGAAAAACAGGUGGUUAAGACAAAUACACAACCCACAGAUGAGUUUGCUUUCGACGGCCCGGAACGUCGCGCUGUAACAGACUAGGGUGCCGAAUAUCUCAGCAUCCGUUAUGUCUACAGUAACAGUUUAAAGACUUCCUCAUGUGGAACUAUUGAGAUGUUACCGCACAAUAAUAUUUUUCAUACCUCAAAAGACUUCGUUUGGAAUGAAAUUUUCCCCUGAUUUUCAAAAUGUGAUUUACCUUUUUCUGGCUGUACAAAUUUCAACUUUGAGAACUAAUUUCCUCUGUACCGAUCUAAAUGUAUAUUUUUGCAUUUUCGAAUGUUUCCAACGGGUUGUUUAUGAAAGCCGCUAAGGCCAUUAUCGCACCAUCGUUCCAACGUUAUGUCGCCGGACGAUAGUACGAAACAAUGGCAUGACGGGAAGGCCCAAUGGUUCGAAACAAUUGUAUAGACACGAUUGCACGACGGCACGAAGCGAUGAUACAAUAGUACGAAACAGUUGUCAUCUUAGCUUCGACCCAUACCCUCGUCGCUUCAUACGUUUGUCUUUUGAUAAUGCGAUGGUACGAUGAUACUUUGAUGUUCUAAACCGGUUUCCAUAAACUGUAAUUAUCAUAAACAAAUCCAUUGUUACAGUUCGUGCAGAAGUGUCCUGUAGCUUUUUUUUUAGUUGCCUCAACAGAAUUCUACAGGAGAAAAGAGCAAAUACUGGCUCUAUGUCUCGUGAACAGCAUUUGGGCUCUUAACUUCAAGGGUUUCUUUUUUCAGAUUAAGUGUAAUUCGCCAUUCUAGACACAAGUCUUGUGACGAUCGCUGCAUUUAUUCAGCGUGUAACAUUUUAGAAAUAUAACUUUGAGAUUUAGGCUGAUUACAGGAUCAAACGUAUAAAUGUUUAUUUGUUUCAUUUUGGACGUUUUAAACAAGUUGACGAUGUACUAAAUAUGGAAAGUUUGUUUGGCAUGCUUCAAGCCUUUAGACCUACACACAUUUGCUUAAACAUGGCUUUCACUUCAUAUGCUGCCACAUCCAUAAAACUUCUAGCAAAUUCUCAAUCUACAUAAUUUUCUUAUUAAAACAGAGACGUCGACAACACCGCGCCAGUGCAAUUAAUUGAAUCCAUAAACAAGACAUUAGGUGACAUAUUGAUGAGACGUGCAGUCAGAAUGGGCCACAUAACAUCCAACACCGUUCAUCGCUAUAUACUCGUUUACCUUCUGUACAUGAGUCAGGGUUUAGGUAUUCAGGAGAACAUAAUGGCGCACACAUAUUCAAUAAUAAAUAAUGAACAAACCUAAUUCAUUGUAUGACUACUAAACAAAAUUAAGCUUGAUCUUUGGGUUGUACUUUAAAGUGACAUGGUCCUCCAAAUAUUGGGUAUAUUUGAGCUAUUACAGAGUGACAUGAGUAUCGCGUAUUUUUCUCAAGAAAUAAAAGACAAGCUUUUCGUCAAUCCCCUUACCACCACCACCCCAUGCUCAGCAUUGUACGUUAAGUGAAUGUUUAGAAAUAACAAAAAAAAUGAAAGUUGAAAACUCCAUCAGAAUAUUUAAAUGAGGCGCUGUCAGUUCAGUGGACAGCGCUCGGUAAACUUUAUAUGUAAACAAACUUAGCUGAUUACACGCGUGAAAGAAUGACUUAAGGCUCGUGACAUGAUCGGCCAAAAAUGGCCGUAAAAAGGAGCUCGACAGGUUGACAAGCAACUCUAGAUUUGUAAUUGGUGGUCAAUUUGAACGGUGAACUCCACUUAAGAACGAAAAGGGUCUAACGAAGAUGUCGUAAAACUACUGCUUGAUUGGUGGAUGCAGGGGGUGUUAAACUUCGAACAGACCAAAGUUUCUGACUUUUAAGUUUACUGACAAGAUUAUUCGUAACGCUUUCAAUGAGUUCGUCGACUGAUCGAAAGUCAGUAUAGUAUGGAACUUUUCGAACGCUGCGCAUAUGUGACGGGCCCUUCCGGUCGAAUAUUAAUGAGGCAAAAUGGCUUGCCCUCUUUGUGUUGAAUUCGGAUAACUGCAGGAUUUCUCCGGGCUUGUGCAAGCUACAUACUCAAUAAAUAUUUUUUAUUUUAACCUGAGUGAUUUAGUUUUUGAACAAACUUUAAAACUUUGUUAAGACAUUGCACUCAGAAUUUGCGUAAAAAUUCAAAUUUUGCUCGACCAUGUCACUUUAAGGUUUAUUAAAGCAAUCUGUACGUUUACGAAUGGUCUUGAAAGACAAACGGGUAAUUUCGGCUUAACAUCAAGAUUCAGUACGUCUGAACCUUCUGCAGAGCUGCCCAUAUGUCGUGCUUGUGUCCCUUGUACCAUCCAGUGUUAAAAGAAAAGUCAUUCCCCGAUCUAGUUCCAAAUCUGCCUUAAGUCACACUUCACAUGGAAUCAAUUCAUGUCCUCUUCGUUCCAUACCUCAUGCAAACCUGACGCGUAAUUAAGUUGUUUAGAAUUACACUGUACGUGUUUACUGGGAUCGUACGUAGAGUAGAGUGUAUCCCAGAGCGUAAUUGUAUUAGUGACAGUGUUGAGCGAACGUUUCACCGUGCCUUUAGUGUGACUGUAUCCUGUUAGAAAUUGAUAUAGAUUUGAUACAUUAAUAUAUUGAUAUGGAUGGAAUUAAAAACACUUUACUUCAA